UGAGCCUUCUGAACAAAAUAAUCGAAAAUCAUCAUCAUCAUCAUCCAUAGCAACAACAAUAGACGCUGACAAAACUAAUGCCAUUAAACAUUCUACUGAUUUAUUAAUCGAACAUUUAGAUGGUGAUACAAAUUUGAAGGCGCUUAUACCGGGACCACCAAGAGAUCUAGUUCCACAACUAGUGAAUCGAUAUGUAACACUUAGCUGGAUGGAACCAGCUCGAAAUCCAAACGAAGUUAUAUCAUACACAUUAUUUUAUAAAAUGACUUCAAGCGAACGCGAACGAAAGUUAACAACAAAAUCACGUGAUGAACAAACGGCAAUCAUUCAAUCAGUCCUUCCAGGCAAAACGUAUCACUUUCGUGUGGUUGGUAAUAGCAAUCAUGGUCCAGGUGAAUCGUCAAAUAUCUUUGAAUUAACAACACAACCCGAUGAAAAUAUUGCCGGUGCUGUUAAGAAUGUAUUUGGACAAGCCCUCAGUCAGAAAGAGAUACAUGUUCGAUGGACACCGCCAUUGAUUUCAAAUGGAAACAUUUCCAAGUAUCGUGUAUAUUACACUGAACCAGACGGUGUUGAUCUGUAUGUGGACAGUAUUGGUGCUGACACCGAAGUGAUAUUAACCGAAUUGCAUCCACUCACUCAAUAUGCCAUCUAUGUUGUGUCAGUCAAUGAAAAUGGCAUGGUAGAUUCGUCGAAAGAAAUCACAGUGAAAACAUUUUCAUCAAUUCCGGGCGAAUCGCCAUUGAAUGUUACACUUGAAGCAACCAGUUCAACUUGCGAUGGCAACCACCGCCACCAGAAGAGCAAAAUGGUCAAAUUACCGGUUACAAAAUUCGAUAUCGCAAACAAAAGAAACAUGUUCAAGUCGAAACAACGCCAGCCAAUGUGCGACACUAUGAGCUACGUGGACUGGACAAAAAGUCGGUGUAUCAGGUGAAAAUAGCAGCGAUGACAGUAAACGAAACAGGACCGUUCACCGAAUGGACCACCAUCGAAACAUACGAAAGCGAUUUAACCGAAAGUCAUGUACCUUUAAAACCAAUAAUCACAAACACACGAGCAACAAGUAAUAGUAUAUCAAUUCAAUGAAGUCCACCCAAUCAACAAGAGAUUAAAGUGCGAGCUUAUAUUUUGGGUUUCGGCAUCGGUAUUCCGAAUGUUGAGACACGUAUCCUUGAUGAAAAAUUACGUUUUGUUGAGAUAAAAAAUUUGGAACCAAAUAGCGAAUAUCUGCUGUCACUGAGAGCUCGAAAUUUGGCUGGAGACGGUGAACCAGCGUAUAGUAACAUUCAAACACGCGACGAAGGUCCAAUUGAAACUGGUGGUUUUGUCUUAGAAGUGCCAGUUCGAUUGCGAGCAAUUACAAUGUCAGCCACAUCAAUUGUAGUUUAUUGGACCGAUAAUUCAGUGAGUCGAGCUCCGCAUACGUCAAGCAGUCGCUUCUAGACGGUUCGUUAUAAUAUUGCUCGUGAUCGCGAUUGGUCAAUUGAAACAGCAAAAGCCGAUACCACAAUAAAAAUUAAAAAUCUCAAUCAGAUACUAUUUUAAAGUGCAAACACAGAAUGUGAAUCGAGCACAGCAAGGCACAUUUUCGGCAAUGAUUUCGUAUAAAACCGGCAAUUUAAUAAGCUUAUCAAAUCCACUCCAAUCAAUACAAAUAUUAAUGCAAUAAAAGUCACAAUGAUUUUAUGCCGAACAAAGACACAAGGUACACCAGAUGGAAAACAUAAUUAUAUAAUAAAGUUAAUAGCGGAAAUCAACCGCCCGAUCGACAUGAUCGUAUCAUCAUUCAUG